AUGCAGGACCAUUAUAUUGGUAUCGAUGUAGGCACUGGAUCGGCUCGUGCUUGUUUAAUAGACUCGUCCGGCGAUAUUAAGGCUCUCGCUUCGGAAGCUAUUAAGCUAUGGCAGCCUCAGCAAGGUUACUAUGAACAAUCGACUACGGAUAUCUGGCAUUGUAUUUGCCAUUGUGUACAGCGUGUUGUACACCAGUCCGGCGUCGACGUUGGACAUAUCAAGGGCAUAGGCUUCGAUGCUACUUGCUCGCUCACGGUCUUCUCUGAAGAUGACGACCAACCCGUUACGGUUACCGGUCCCGAUUUCGAAAACGAUGGAAACGAUCGCAAUGUUAUCCUAUGGCUGGACCACCGUCCCGUCGAAGAGACUGAGAAGAUCAAUGCUACUGGCCACAACUUACUGCGCUAUGUCGGCGGCAAGAUGAGCAUUGAAAUGGAAAUUCCUAAGGUCUUAUGGCUGAAGAACAACAUGCCCAAGGAGCUAUUCGACCGCUGCAAGUUUUAUGACUUGGCAGAUGCGCUUACACACUUGGCUACUGGCAAUGAUAACCGAAGCUUUUGCAGUACCGUCUGUAAGCAGGGAUACGUCCCAAUUGGUGUAGAUGGAAGUGAGAAGGGGUGGCAGGAAGACUUCUUCAAUGAGAUUGGACUCGCUGAUGUUGCUAAGGACAACUUCAGGCGCAUGGGUGGUGUAAACGGAGUGAAUGGCAAAUACUUUAGCGCGGGAGAGUUAGUCGGUCACUUGUCUGAUCAAGCUAGUAAGCAGUUAGGAUUACAACCAGGUAUCGCAGUAGGCAGUGGUGUCAUUGAUGCUUAUGCCGGGUGGAUCGGCACCGUAGGAGCUAAGGUUGACACCGAAUAUGGACACGCCGAUGAGAGCGCGCCCGCAAACGAUCUUGCGCAAGCUUCUACCCGUCUUGCCGCUGUCGCCGGUACAUCUACUUGCCAUCUUGCUAUGUCCGAGAAGCCUGUAUUUGUGAAUGGCGUAUGGGGCCCCUACCGUGACGUCCUUCUGCCUAAUUAUUGGUUAGCUGAGGGUGGUCAAUCGGCGACGGGUGAACUCCUAAGACACAUCAUAGAGACACACCCAGCGCAUAAGGAAGUAAUUCCACUCGCCGAGGCUAUGCAUAUGAACAUCUACGACUACCUAAAUGGCCACCUUAGGGAGCUUGCUGAGAGCUCUAAGGCCCCCACCGUUUCCUACCUUGGUCGACACUUCUUCUUCUAUGGCGACUACUGGGGAAACCGAUCGCCUAUCGCUGACCCUAACAUGAAGGGUUCAGUGAUCGGUCUCAGCCCCGACUCUAGCGUGGACGGUCUCGCGCUGUGGUAUUACGCCACGAUGGAGUUCAUUGCGUUACAAACAAGGCAAAUUAUUGAGGCUAUGAACAAGGAAGGCCACAACAUCCAGACUAUCUUCAUGUCCGGCAGUCAAUGCCAAAACGACAUGCUUAUGGAUCUUAUCGCAACCGCCUGCCAUAUGCCGGUGUUGAUUCCUCGUUACGUACACGCUGCUGUAGUACACGGGGCGGCCAUGCUUGGUGCUAAGGCCGGAAGCGCGGACAGCGAAGGCAAGACGGAGGGUCUUUGGAGCAUCAUGGAUCGCAUGAGCAAACCUGGCCGGCUCGUUAAGCCCGGGACCGACGCCGACGAGAAGAAACUCCUCGAUGCCAAGUAUGGAGUAUUCUUGGACCUAUGCCGAACCCAACGGGAGUACCGCGACAGAAUAGACGCGGCUACUAGCUCCUGGGUUCAUAUGUCGCUGUUUGGCGCAAAACCGGCGGGGCAGGCUGCUACACCUACUGGUAGUAGCCUGUUUGGUGCCGCGACAAACACAGCUGGAGCCCAGCCUGCACAAUCGGGUAGCAGCGUAUUUGCCAAUCUUAAUAAUAAUAAUCAGAAUCAGCAGACUGGGCAAUCGCCUUUUUCGGGUCUUGGUCUCGGCCAACAACAGCAACAACAGCAACCGCAGCAGCAACAACAACAACAGCCCCAACCCGGCGGCAGCAUUCUUGGUCUCGGUGCUUCUGCUCAGGCACCACAACCAUUCGCGGGUCUCGGCGGCGGCGCAACAGCUACGACUACCCAACAACCUCGAACGGGAGGUUCAUUCGGCCUCACUGGAUUAUCCGGCUUGUCUACCAGUAACCAACAGCCUCAACAACAGCUGGGCGGUAUGUUUGCGUCUUUGGCCCAGUCCCAGCCCGCCCCCGGCGGCCUUGGACUCGGACUCUCUACAAACACCCAAGCUCAAGGAGCUGGCCAGUCGAAUACCGGCGCACUACCACAGGGAAAUACUACCGGCUACUUCGACAGCCUCCUCUCGAAGAGCAAGAAGCCCGACAGCGAACAAUCUCCGCUCGGUGAUCUCCCUAGCCUCCAUCUCGGUUUGGGAGACCUUCGUCAACGUCUUCGGAAGCUGGGCCCGCGAAUGGAUCCUCUAGCGCACGAUAAAGCUCGAUUUAUCCUCGCCGCAUCCGGUCUCGAACCCGCAUCGGCGGUGAGAGACUUGAACGAUUUCGAUGUUCGAAUCGGUGGCCGCGUCGAACGCCCGGUAGCUGCGCCUGCUGCAACUGAUAUUGACGUCGAUGCAUACCUUUCAAAUAUACAGAAGAAGACUACAUUAAGCAUGAUUGCUGAUGGCUUGGAAAGGUCUACGCGGGACUUCGACAAUUUUCUCGAAGAUAACAUCACAAUGGAAUGGGAAGCACAAAGGAAGCGUAUCUAUGAGCACUUCGGCAUCAAGACCAGAGAUGAUGGACCUGCGGAUGGACAGUCUGCGGCACCUAGCAGAGAGUCGCAUGCAGGGUUUGGCAGGUCUCGACGAACGGCUAAGCCGUCUCGAUCUACGACACCCGGUAUCAAAGCUAGCACCUUUGGUCGGUCCAAUCUUCAGAAAUCUGUUAUUGGCACUCCUAGCAAGAUCGGUGCCCACCAGUCUGAAUUCACGGAUGUUCAAGAGACAACGGGAAGCCCAGCUGCGCUCAAUGGUGCCGCUUCUAUCGACGAUCGAUUCCUCAGGGAGAAGCAAAGUAGACUUGCGGAGAGGAUCCGACAACUUAACCACGCUCGAAUCGAGAAGCAACCAUACCCUAUAUUACACGAACUUGCGCAGGUUGCCGGCAGUUCUGGCGAUAGACACGCUCAGCAACUAGUCGAUGCUUACCAUGCUGCUAUGUCUAUCGUUGGGGAGAAUCCUGAGGCGGAUACAUUUGCUGGUGAUGCUACCGCAAGGGAACGUCAAUAUAAGGACAAAUACUUAGAUGUGAACGACAAGUCUGCUGGGUCAAUCGAGGUCCGGCGAAAGAUUCUUAGCGGUGCAAACGGCUUCUUGGAGAAGAAAUUCUUUGUGGAAGUGGAAAAUGUCAUAGCCAAAUACCCUAGGGAGGCAAACUUGGGUGGUCGACCCGACGUGAUCAGCAAGAUCAAGGCAUAUGUUCGAUUACGACACGCGCGAAAAGAUCUUGUGCCUGAUAACGUCGAACUUCAACAGGUCGACGGGGAGUUUGUUUGGGCUAUCGUAUUCUACCUACUAAGGUCUGGAAAGAUUGCUGAGGCGGCCGAUUAUGUCAAAGCCCAGUCAACCACCUUCCGAAGCAUUGAUCGUACUUUUGCAUCCUACCUCCUCGAAUAUGUUAGCAGUCCGGAUAGACGACUGAGACGUCAAUUGCAAGAGCGCUGUAACAACGAGUACAACCAGCGAGCUCGUAAUGCGCCGGAGAAUUCUAUCGAUCCGUACCGCAUGGCCUGCUACAAGAUCGUGGGACGCUGCGAUGUGAGCAAUCGCAGUCUUGACGGCCUUAACACGGAAAUUGAAGAUUGGAUAUGGCUCCAAUUCAACCUCGCGCGUGAAAACGACAAGGCGACCGAGGUGGCUGCUGAAUCGUAUGGUUUGCAGGAUCUACGUGCAGGUAUUCGGGAAAUCGGUCUCAAACACUUCCCGAAAUCCCCCAACGAGGAUGAUAACGGUACUUUCGGCAUGUUCUUCUUCCUACAGAUCCUCUCAGGCAUGUUUGAACAGGCCAUUGCGUACCUUUAUGCUUUCUCGUAUGUGGAUGCUAUUCACUUUGCCAUUGCUCUCGAGUUCUAUGGCCUUAUUCGUCCUGCAGACCCCUGGACUACAGCAGAUUCUCUGUUGUCACAUGACACACGCUCGAGACCCCAAUUGAGCUUUGGUCGGAUGUUAGGCUACUACACACGGGAUUUCCGUGCUGCCGACGUAGCCUCAGCCGUUGACUAUCUUACCCUAAUCUGUCUCAAUGCCGAUCUAGGCGGUGAGGCGGGACGCCAACAGGCAGAACUCUGCCACGUCGCUCUCCGAGAGCUUAUCUUGGAAACUAGAGAAUUCAGCAAGCUCAUCGGAGAUAUCAGACCUGAUGGGCGUCGCAUCACUGGUCUCGUCGAGGAACGUGCUUCGCUCAUCGGCCUUAGGGAGGAAGAUGAUUUCGUUAAGACAGUUACGUUACAGGCUGCCCGAUUCGCCGAUGACAAUGGCCGAACUACGGACGCGGUCCUGUUAUAUCACUUGGCUUGCGACUACGACAGUGUGGUGACUAUAGUGAGUCGUGCACUAAGCGAAGCGAUCUCGCUGGAGAUUGGUGAAGACCCCAUGCGCCUGAUGCCAGUUAAGCCACGAUCGGAUGGUAAGGACCCCGAGGUGCAACCUGGCAGCAGCUUGAGCUUGGCGUGCAUCGAUGAUCCCAUCCAACUCGCUAUGACGAUGAUGUCGAUGUAUGAGAAGGAUGCUAUGUUCUACACGAAGAUUGAGGAUCAGAACCGAGUUGCUUGCCACAUCCUCUUGCAGAUGAGCGAUGUUAAGGGCUUGGUUGAGGGUAGCCAAUGGCCGGAAGCUCUAGACAAAAUACGUAAUCUGGAGAUUCUGCCUCUGGAUGCUAAUGGCGAUCCGGCAAGAAUCCGCCACUACGCGGCUAUGUUCUCGGGAUUGUCUCAGACAGUUGCUAUUAACAUACCUAACUUACUGAUGUGGACUAUUACUUGCUGCAUCCGACAGAGGGAGCGGCUAAUGGGUGGACAGUUUAGUGGCAAUGAAGGCACAAGACGAAUGAUGUGUGACAACUUGAAACAAAUCAGCAUGGAUUUGACAACGUACACAAGUCAACUAAGAUAUAGAUUCCCGCCGCACCUACACGAAGCUCUAGCUCGGGCUUCUGCGGAUUAA